AUGGGGUAUUAUUUAGCAUAUGGUAUAUAUCCUAAGUGGGCUACAUUUGUCAAGACCAUUUCAAUGCCCCAGGGAGAAAAGAAAAGAUUAUUUGCUCAACAUCAAGAAUCAACUAGAAAAGAUGUGGAGCAGACAUUUGGAGUACUUCAAUCUCGAUUUGCAAUUAUAUGUGGCCUAGCGCGUGCCUGGCACAUGAAGACCCUCAAGUAUACCAUAUAUGCUUGCAUCAUAUUGCACAACAUGAUUGUGGAAGAUGAACGACAUACAUAUGGAGGUAAUUUUGAUUACUCUUAUGAUAAUGUGGAUAACAACAACUCAACAAUUGAAACAUUUAGCGAUCCUCAUCUGAAUCUUGCAACAAGACUACAAAGAAGAGCAAGUAUUUGUGAAAAACAAGUUCAUCGUCAACUUCAAGGAGAUCUAGUUGAGUAUGUUUGGGGGCGUUUUGGACAUGAAGAUGAUGAAAUUUAA